CUGUCAGCUGGGAUCCCUAGCUUAUAGUGAUAUAUCGUGCAAGGCCACGCUGCGUCACGGUAGAACUUUUGGAUGAUGGUUGGUUUCUUUAUUUUGUUUCCAUUUCAUAGGUGGCGCGGGAGUUCAGCUUCUUAUUAAGAAGAAUAAAUGAAGGAUAUACUAACUGGUGGAAAGGAGUAGAGUUCAUUUCGUUUUACUCGCUAGUAAUUAUGAGUUUGGUAUUGUGGUUGUUCCUUGCAUGGUCAUGCCUGACCCUAUCGGACUCGCGCUGUCCCGCGGAUGUCCUGGUCAUGUACCGCAUGGUCCUGCAUACCGAAUGGUCCGAAGAAAAAUUUCCGAAACAGUACCCUGAAUGGAGACCACCUGCUCAGUGGUCAGUUGUUGCAGGUCGGAGUCAUAACUCCAGCGGCAUGCUCUGGCGCUUGGGUAAAUUAGCUUCUGAUUCUGUGAAAUUAUUUGUGGAGACUGGGAAAGCAGACAUGUUGAUUCGCGAAAGCGCGCAACAGAAAAGCGGAGUUUUAUCUGAAUUUUUUGCACCUCCUAUACUUCAAGGGGUUGGGACAACAGAAACUCAGUUCUUCACUGAUGCCUCACAUGAUAAGGUAUCCAUUAUUUGCCGCAUCGUUCCAAGUCCCGACUGGUUCAUAGGCGUUGAUAGCUUCGACCUUUGUCGUGGUAACAAGUGGGUGGACUCUAUCACCCUUGACCUAGAGCCCAUCGAUGGUGGCACAGACAACGGGUACACGUUUACGUCUCCAAAAUGGGCCACUGACCCGAGGUCAAGAAUCUCUCCUAUCCGGUCUCGUUAUCCGAAACAUCCAGCAAGUUCAUUCUUUUAUCCGGAACUGGAAAAACUCCCGCGAAUUGGUUACGUCUCCUUCUAUAAAUUAAAAGAAUUUUUUCUAACGAAACAUAUUAAUAUGGAUAUGAGAGGAGAAAGUUUAACACUAGAAACAAUCAAUGGUAACACCACUAGAGCUACUGUGAUAAGAAAUCCUGUCAAUGAACUGACGACUUAUUCUACGAAACAAGACAGAAGAUUUCAGAAGGACAAGAAAAAAUUGUACGGAUCUGAAAUUAGUGCCUUCCGAUCUAAAACAGAAGCAACGAUGAAAAGCAAAGUUCGGAGCUCGAAAAAACAUCAUUAUAGGUCGAAAUCUUGUCGAGUCAGUGAAUGGUCCGAUUGGGGCAACUGCAGUAAACUAUGUGGAUUUGGAGAGCAAGUAAGAAAACGAAAGGUUAUUCACUUUGGCACCAGAAAUGGUCAGCCUUGUCCACCACUCGAAGAAUCAAGGCGAUGUCGGAACAUAGAAACGUGUCGAAAUAAAACAACUGGAUUCUUCCGAUGGCAAUGAAUAAAGGCUUUGUUAUUAAA